AUGGCUGUGUUUGGAGCUCCCGUGCUUGUCGCCGUCUCCCUGGCACUCGCGGGCCUCCUCUGGCUUCGGUCGCGGAGCUCGUCCAAGGAGAUGAGGGACAUCCCGGGCACGAUGGGGUGGCCGGUGAUCGGCGAGACGUUCUCCUUCAUCUCCGACUUCUCGAGCCCCGCGGGGAUCCUGAGCUUCAUGCGCGACCGGCAGCGGCGGUUCGGCAAGGUGUUCAAGACGUACGUGUUGGGGCGGAUCACAGUGUUCAUGACGGGGAGGGACGCCGCCAAGAUCCUGCUGUCGGGCAAGGACGGCGUCGUGAGCCUCAACCUCUUCUACACGGGCAAGCAGGUGCUGGGUCCCACCAGUCUGCUCACCACCAACGGCGAGGAGCACAAGAAGCUGCGCCGGCUCAUCGGCGAGCCGCUCUCCGUCGACGCGCUCAAGAAGUAUCUGGGGUUCAUCAACGACCUCGCCGUGCAGACGCUGGACACGUGGCACGGACGCAGCAGGGUGCUCGUGCUGGAGGAGGCCUCGUCGUUCACGCUGAAGGUGAUCGCCAACAUGCUGGUGAGCUUGGAGCCGGAGGGCGAGGAGCAGGAGAAGUUCCGGGCAAACUUCAAGGUGAUCUCGUCGUCGUUCGCGUCGCUGCCGCUCAAGCUUCCCGGCACGGCGUUCCACCGGGGCCUCAAGGCCAGGAACCGGAUGUACGCGAUGCUGGACUCGGUGAUCGCGAGGCGGCGGAGGGACGGCGGCGAGGCCCCGAGCGACUUCCUGCAGAUGCUGCUGCGGAAGCACGCCGGCGACGAGGCGGACAAGCUGACGGACGCGCAGCUCAAGGACAACAUCCUCACCCUGCUGGUCGCCGGCCACGACACCACCACGGCGGGCCUCACCUGGCUCGUCAAGUUCCUCGGGGAGAACCCCGACGUCCUGGAAAAGCUACGGGAGGAGCACUUGGAGAUCAAGGAGAGGCUUAACGGCUCGUCGCGUCUCAGGUGGUCUGAUGUCAAUAACAUGCCUUACACAAACAAGGUGAUGAACGAGACCCUGAGGAGAGCAACCAUCCUGCCAUGGUUCUCGAGGAAAGCGGCGCAGGACUUCAGCAUCGACGGUUACGGGAUAAAGAAGGGGACGUCGGUGAACCUGGACGUGGUGUCCAUCCACCACGACCCGUCCGUCUUCGUCGACCCCGAGCGCUUCAACCCCAACAGAUUCGACGAGACGCUCAAGCCUUAUAGCUUCCUGGGGUUCGGGAGCGGGCCGCGGAUGUGCCCUGGGAUGAGCCUGGCAAAGCUGGAGAUCUGCGUCUUCGUCCACCACCUCGUCUGCCGAUACAGCUGGAAACCGCUGGAGGACGACGACACGGUGCAGCCAACACUGGUGCGGAUGCCCAAGAACAAGUACCCCAUCGUCGCAACCGCACUCUAA